AUGUCGACGUCAAGCGACGGUGGUAGAACAGACGGUUCGAAAUCGCAAUCCGGUGUUCUGUUACGGCACUGCUUGGCCGGAGUAACGUCGGCGGCUAUAACAAAAACCUUGUCGGCUCCCUUGGACCGUAUAAUGGUGCAUAUGCAGGUGACCGAAUGCGACGGGUUUCGCGCGGCCGUACGGCACGUGUACUGCAAACAAGGGUUUUGGCAAGGGUUUUGGCGCGGCAACGGGCUGAACGUGCUCAAGUCGUCGCCCGAGUUCGCCGUCAAGUUCAGCUUGUACGACUACGUGAAACGGCGGUUGAAGGCGUACCACGGCGACGAAAACUUGACCAGCAGCGACAGGUUCGCGGCCGGAGCCGUGGCGGGCGUGUGCAGCCAGACGUUGAUGUACCCGCUGGAGAAUGCGAAAACGCGUCUGAUCGUCGGCAACCACUUGGGUAUUGCGGACGUGCUGACCAAAACUUACCGGACAGAUGGUGCUCGCGGUCUCUACAAAGGUUUCUGGCCCAACAUGGCAAGCAUUUUCGUGUACACGGGCAUUUUUUUAAUGACCUACGAACAUGUAAAACAAUUGCAGUAUGAUCGCAUGGCCGCGGGCGCUUGGCUCCCCGUCAGUCAUGAGUGGAUGGUACACUCGAUUUCAGCCAUGUGUUCGAGCGUUGUGGGCAUGAUUCUGUGCUAUCCGAUAUCCAGGAUCAUCACUAGACUUCAAAUCGAAAAUGGUUUAUGGACAUACAUGUAAUUAAUGUAAUCACGAGUCUCGCUACAUCAAGUUUGGG